UUAAAGUUUUAACAAAAUCUUCAGACCUAACCUAACAUUGACAGUGCCAUUCAGAUGGAAAAAACAUUUGACUGAAUGAAAAACAUUUAAAAGAGCAUCUAAUACGGAAAGAGUAAAACUUUAGCAUGGCUUCGACAUCUGAGAUUGUGAAAAAAUUGAAUCUUCAGCCUCACCCAGAAGGAGGAUUCUACUGGGAAACCUUCAGAGAUUCAUCUGUCACUCUUUCCCCCUCUCAACUUCCCUCUGGAUAUAAGGUUGGUCGUCCAGUCAGCACAGCUAUCUACUUCUUGCUUCCUGCUGGGAGUGUGUCUCACCUUCAUCGAAUCCCAUGUGCAGAAACCUGGCAUUUUUAUUUGGGAGAACCUAUUACGGUGUUGGAACUGAAUGAGAACGGACAGGUCAAAUUAACCUGCCUUGGAUCUGAUCUAACUGGAGACAACCAGCAACCCCAAUACACUGUACCUCCAAAUGUGUGGUUUGGUGCAUUUCCGACCAAAGACUACGUAUUUUCCCCUGACGGUGCAGUUGCCAAAGCUGCACCCAGGGACACUGAGAGCCACUACUCCCUAGUAGGCUGCACUUGUGCUCCUGCAUUUCAGUUUGAGGAUUUUGAGCUGGCAAAACGCUCUGACCUCAUUUCCCAGUUUCCCAAUCACAAGCAUCUCAUAUCUUUGCUCACAUUUGCAGAUUGAAGAUAAACCUUAAUUUUAGUGUACUAUCCAUCUGAAAGAUUUUCAGGGCUCUUAUAUCCUGGAGAUCUUUGUUUUACUGAUCUGUAUUUAAAUAAGGCCCUGAACAUGCCAAUUUCUUGCGCUGUUAUGCUGUCAAAAGAUGAAUUUUUGACAAAUGACAAACUCUAGAGAAUUGACAUUUUGUUUUCAUAUUUCCGUCGUUUUGUUAUUAUAAAUGUUAUUGCUAAUUAAAUAUUGUUGUUAUUA